UUUCAGUCUGCAUGUGACAUCAUUCGAAAAAUUUUCCAUUUAAAAUCACAAAAUUAAAGAAAAUAAUUUAUACAGCAAAAAUGGAAUAGCAUAAAACAUCUGGAUUCUAUAAAAAAUGUACAGUUUAGUGUUAAGGUCUAGUGUAUUUAAUGGAAUCGGCAGACAAGCAGUUAUAUUUAAUUGUUUCAACAAAGCAACAACAACUACACACUUUUACUCAUCAGCUGCUACGCCAGAAGCAAAGAAACAGAUUGAUGAAGAGAAGAUUAAUCAUGAAGAUCGUGUAGUAAAUAUAACAAAACUUAAAGUUCAUCAUCUACACCAUCCAGAAGUAUCAAAAAUCAAGCAAUUUGAAGAAAAUAAUGUGAAAAUUCAGAAUCUAGCUGAAAUUAUUGUUGUAAACAACAAUAAACAAAGAUCAGUGAAGAAAAAGGAGGAAUUGCUAUGGAGAAUUACUCCAUCGACAGAGCUGAACCAGCUUGUAAAUCAUUACUUAAUGUUGUCAAAAAUUAGAUUAACUUCUCUUGUGGUGAUAACAACAAUGGCUGGUUAUGCCAUGGCUCCUGCACCUUUUGAUCUCUCAACAUUUCUUAUGUGCACAGUUGGAACAGGACUUCUAUCAUGCUCGGCUAACUCCAUCAAUCAAUUCUUUGAAACGCCUUUCGAUGCACAAAUGUCGAGAACAAAGAAUCGAGUUUUAGUUAAAGGAUAUUUGACACCUUUACAUGCAGUUGGAUUUGCAGCUGUUGCUGCUUCUUCAGGACUUUUCAUGUUAUCCUAUGGAGUCAACAGCCUUACAGCACAACUGGGAUUAGCUAAUUUAGUGCUCUACACUUGUAUCUAUACACCAAUGAAACGUUAUAGUAUUCUCAACACUUGGGUUGGUUCUAUUGUUGGUGCAAUUCCACCAUUGAUGGGAUGGGCAGGAUGUUCGGGAAAUCUUGAAGUUGGAGCAUGGAUCUUUGCUGGUUUGCUUUAUGCAUGGCAAUUUCCUCAUUUCAAUGCACUUUCUUGGAAUCUUCGUCCUGAUUAUUCUCGAGCUGGAUAUCGAAUGAUGGCUGUAACAGAUCCGGCUUUGUGUCGACGUGUUGCACUUAGAUACACAGGAAUCAUUGCAGCGCUGUCUCUUAGUGCACCUUUAUUGGAUGUCACCAAUGUUUGGUUUGCCUUGGAAUCAUUUCCAUUAAAUGCUUAUUUUGGAUAUUUAGCAUGGAAAUUUUAUCGAGAAAGUGAUAGUGGAAGUUCAAGGAAACUCUUUAGUCGUUCUCCAGCAUUUAAACAAACAAUGUCGAAACCUACAUAUAAAGUUGCUGAUAUCAGUCUCGCUGAGACCGGUCGUAAAGAGAUCAUCAUUGCGGAAAAUGAGAUGCCUGGUUUGAUGGCUGUUCGUGAAAAGUAUGGACCAUUGAAGAUUCUAAAAGGAGCAAGAAUCGCCGGAUGUCUUCACAUGACGGUCCAAACUGCUGUUCUCAUCGAAACUUUGACUGAACUUGGAGCAGAAGUCCAAUGGAGCAGUUGCAACAUUUUCUCGACACAAGACACAGCAGCUGCUGCUAUUGCUAAAACUGGAGUUCCAGUUUAUGCAUGGAAAGGUGAAACUGAAGAGGAAUAUUUAUGGUGCAUUGACCAAACGCUUGUUUUCAAAAACGGUGAACCUUUGAACAUGAUUCUUGAUGAUGGCGGUGACUUAACAAAUCUUGUUCACGAGAAGUAUCCACAAUUCCUGAAAGGCAUUCGUGGCAUCAGUGAAGAGACAACAACUGGAGUUCAUAAUCUCUAUAAAAUGUUCAAAGAAGGGAAACUUGGUGUACCAGCUAUCAAUGUUAACGAUUCAGUAACUAAAAGCAAGUUUGAUAACUUGUAUGGAUGUCGCGAAUCAUUAAUUGAUGGAAUUAAGCGUGCAACUGACGUUAUGAUUGCUGGAAAGGUUUGCGUUGUUGCUGGUUAUGGUGAUGUCGGUAAAGGAUGUGCUCAAGCGCUUCGUGCUUUCGGAGGUCGUGUUAUUGUAACUGAAAUCGAUCCAAUCAAUGCUUUGCAAGCUGCUAUGGAAGGCUAUGAAGUAACAACAAUGGACGAAGCAAGCAGCGAAGGCCAAAUUUUUGUCACAACCACUGGAUGUACUGAUAUCAUCAUGGGUGAACAUUUCAUGAAUAUGAAAGACGACUCGAUCGUCUGCAACAUUGGACAUUUCGAUUGUGAAGUUAACGUCGCUUGGCUCGAAGAAAAUUCAAAGGAAAAAAUUAACAUCAAACCUCAAGUUGAUCGUUACCUCUUGAAAAACGGACAUCAUAUCAUUUUACUUGCACAAGGUCGCUUAGUAAAUCUCGGUUGCGCAAAAGGACAUCCAUCCUUUGUCAUGUCCAACUCAUUUUGUAAUCAAACACUCGCACAGAUUGAAUUGUGGACUAAAACCAGUGAAUAUCCAGUUGGUGUCUACAUGUUGCCAAAAAAGCUUGACGAAGAAGUUGCCGCAUUACAUUUGGAGAAAUUGGGUGUUAAACUUACGAAAUUGUCACCGAAACAAGCUGAAUAUCUUUCCUUGAAUGCUGAGGGUCCAUUCAAGCCUGAUUACUAUCGUUAUUAACUAAUAAGAUCAUAUAAGGUUUAAUGGUAUUUUUACAAAGAAAAUUAAAUUGAAUUUUAAUAAAAAUUUCAGUUUCGAAUACCUCAAAUUAA